CCGUUAAAUGCCUAGCAAGACAAUGGUAUUGGUCUUACGAAUUAAAUGACUUUGUCACAGUUUUGAACAUGAAAAACAGAGAAGCAUGAGAUAAUUUGAAAGAAGAUUUCCGAGAAUAAGAAAAUGUUUAUUAGUUUGAGAACAGUUUGAUCCAGAUGGUUUACCUACCUUCCUUUGUCUAUCCUCUUCCUAUAUUUCUAUUAAUCUUACACAAUAAGACACUAGUUCAUUCCAUGUUUGACACAAAGUUAUUUUUUCAUUCUUUAAAAGAAGCUUCAUAGAUCUUUAUUCACCAAUUAAGUGCAGUUUUCAGACCUGAACCUGUAUUCUUAAAAACCUCCCAAUUCUGAGCGUUCGUAAAAAUUGAAGAACAAGGAUCCAAAAAAGGACAUUUUGAGAAAUUGAGUUGAAAUUCAGCAUUGUGAGAGAUAAUUCACUUACAUCGGUCUGCGUUUUUGGCUUAUAAAGGAAAUUGGCUCUAAGUUGUAAGUAACCACAAUUUAAACCAUUUGCUUGCGAUAUACCUUCUCAAAUGGAAUUAUCUUCUUCUAUUUACGACAAAGAGUUGGAGUAUACAACGAAAAGCCUGACAGCUCUUUCUAUACAGAAACAUGAGGGAUCUGUUGAGCCGGGCCAAAGUAUCUCCAAAAGAUUUCUCACUAAUCGUGAUAUUUGGUCUCUCAUUGUUCACUACCUUGACGUUUUUGAUCUGUACAGACUUAUGCAUGUCAAUCGACACUUCUAUCAUUGGCUUCAAAAAUGUCGUCUAGAGGAAUGUCGAUUUACAGAUGCGAGCCCUACGGAGCUUCCCUACCAAAAAACCAUUUCUGCUGCAAAUGAUGAACUAUGGGCUUAUGAAAAGCAGUUAUAUGGAAGACCCUCCAUCUUACGGCCGCAUAUCCAAGAUCCAUUUGUAUGCUCUAUGCUUGAAAAAUUCCAGGGACUAAGUACUAUCGUGCUGGAUGGUACCGGCAUCAAAAGUUCCACAGUUGCUUUUAUUUUAUCAAACAUACCUACUCUUCGGACGCUUAGUAUACGCUGGUGUCAAGGGGUUUCAGUAUUAAGCCUUCUUGAGCUUUUGCAAGCUGUAGCAAAAAAUAAAGUUUUCUCGCUUGAAAGGUUUUAUGUUAUGGGUAUCGAUGGCUUAGAACUACAAAAACCUUUACUACCCGACGGUACAGAAGACGACCGAUUAACUAGCAAUUGGCAUAGUCGAUUAGUUGUAUUUCAGAGCGCUUUGGAUCAAAUGACAACGACACAUGGACGUCCCAUAGAAACUGACGUACACCGAUGUCCUUUGAACGCAUGCAAAAUAGCCGAUCAAGAAAGUGAACUUGCAGAUUCUUACAUGCUUAAAGUACUUCCCCCUUGUGUAUAUUGCUCACAAAAAUGGUCAAAACCACUUUGUCGUUAUUGCAUUGACCUAAGACGGUGUAUGGUUUGCGGUGCCUUUAUUUGUCCUUCAUGCUUGUCUUUGGAUUUUGAUUUACAAAUGCAAGCAUUUGCUCGUCAACAUCGUGUCAUUUCUACUUUAACAGAUAUUUACCCUGAACGUGAGGAUACCUGCUAUCAUAAAACCAGAGCCAUAAAAUGGCACCAGUUAAGUCCGAGAUCCCUUGUUUUUCAAUUUCAGGAACAAAAUCAUAUUCAUCACCGUCGAAUUCGUCGAAACCUUCUUCUGAGUGGGUGGUCUUGGCCUUCUGCGGUGAAAGUAAUCCUUGCUCAAGAACAUUCAAGUCGGUAAUUUUUUUAUUUCUUUUGAAUAAAAAUUAAGGUGCCCUAAGCCAUCACAAAUUUGGUAUUUCAUUCAUGGUAAUGACUAUUGAUUCUUUUUGUUCUUUCUAUUUAUGUCUAAGUGGACUUGGAUACGCGUGUAGUAUUGCCGAGAAGUGUCCUCUUUAUUUAUAUUCGAAAAUCUAGACUUUCCUCAACUCUGCACCUGGUUUACUCAAAUUACUGCUAGAUUUGACUCGUCGGAUUUCUUCUGUUAGCUGCAUUCUCACAAGUGAAUUCGAGCUUCAAGUGCCACGAAAUCGAAGAAGUACUUGAACAGUUUUCAAGACUAUUUAAUUUAAAAAAUUAUACGAAA